ACGGGCUUUGUUCUGGACUGCGAUGCUGAGUGGACAGCUGCUUUCCAUCCGCUCUUUUGCUUGAUUUCCAUCUCCCUUUCAACCACCCACGCAGCGCCCAACUUUGUUCAGGAGCCGUGACACCGCGCUCCACGGUCGCGGAGCUCAUCAUUGACGGUGUUUCCCUUGGUUUACGGCCAUACGCCCCACUCCUCCGCCCUAUAUACUCUCCUUGGUCCUCAUCCCCCCUACCCCCACCGCAAUGGAACUCUUCCUGCGCGACAACGACCCGACGCGGACGCGGCUCAUCAAUUCCGACGGGCUCAUACUCUACUCGAUCGCGACGCCGUGCCAUAUGAAGGGGAAGCGCGCGCGCACGACGGUCAGCAAGCUCAACCAGAAGCUGCUCGACAUAGGGGAGCCCUUGACGAUCGGGACCAUCGACUAUCCACGCGCGGACGCGGACGAGGUGGACGUGCGCUUCAGCAUCGACUACGCGCCACCGGACUACAGUGUUGCAGUGCGGCCUGUGGAGGGCGAGCGCACCCAGCCACCGGAGUGGGCGUUCACGGGGCCCGACAAUCGGCCAUACAAGUGGCAGAUAUUCAUGCACCCCUUCUUCUUCCUGAAUGACAACUCCAAGACACCGAUAGCGCGCUACCGCUCUGCGAAGCUCGGCAUCGUUUCCCGCUCGCGGCGCGCGAGCUUGGAGAUCCUGCCCGCUGGCAUCAACCUCAUCGACCUCAUCGUCGUCAGCUUUGUCGCUUUCAUGAAGCACUAUCAGCAAACGAUGUACCCAUGACGGCUGCCACCCACGCGCCCCUUUGACGAGCAUGCUACGCCUCGUUCCGACGCCACGUCCUGUCAUAUAGCCAACCCCCUUGUUGACACAUGGGACCUUCACGAUCCAUCACAUCCCUUUCUCCUGCUCUUUCAUCACUCAUCCAACGUUCAAUGUACAUAUUUAUCUUGCUGCAGACCCUACUCAUUAUCGUGGAUAAUCUAUCGCUUUCGUUCGUUGUACUCGUACCAACCGUCGCUUAUAAGCGCGGCUUAAUUGCAUGUAAACUAGAGUCAUAUAGCCGUUGUCGGCAAACCACACAUCACCUCCAUCCUGCAAAUGACUUCAAACGAUUGCU